CUGUGGCUGGUAAAGGAGCUCGAGGCUUUGGGCGGGGAGCCCUGCUCCGAAUGAACAUCUGGCCAGCUGUCCGCGGGACCUGCAAACAGCUGAAGCUCUGCGAGCAUUGUGUGGAGGAGGACAGAGCGCACAACCUCUCCGGCUGCGUGUGGGAGCAAUGUCGGCCCGAGGAGCCAGGACACUGUGUGGACCAAGCUGAGGUGAUCCCGGAAGGUUGCUCUGUCUACAACCACUCCGAGUCGUGUCCAGCUGCCCACCACCACCCCACCUAUGAACCGAAGACAAUCACAACAGGGAGCCCUCCUGUCCCCGAAGCCCACAGCCCUGGCUUUGACGGGGCCAGCUUCGUCGGAGGCAUGGUGCUGGUGCUGAGCCUGCAGGCGGUGGCCUUCUUCGUCGUGCGCUUCUUCAAGGCCAAGGACAGCACCUACCAGACACUAAUCUGACCCCCUUCAGGCCUGGAUUCCACACUGAGGGGAAGGAGGACGAAGAGGCGGCCCUCUGGGGGGCACUGGGGGGAACUGGGGAUGGGAAGAACUUUGGCCACCAAUUUCUGGCCCCGGAAGGCACCGAGCAGUCUCUUUGUCAAUACCUGGGCCUGGUACCUGCAGCUGAGAGCAUCCGUCAGCCGCCUCCUGCCUCAUCGGUCAGCCCUGUGGGCCCCUCCGGUCCCUGCUUGGCACUGGGCCUGUGCCCGCCUCUUCCCACCGACCUGGCCUGGGCACUGCCCCAAAUAAAGGAACUCGUUCCA